AUGAUAACAAAUAAUAUUAACAACAUUUUAAGAAUACGUAAAAAAAAAGAUUUACUUACAUAUAUAUGGACAAAAAGAAAAGUUAACACACUACCAAAAAAUGAUCACGAAAAUAUUAUUAAAUUGUUACAAGAGAAAUAUAAAAAUCUUAGAAAGGAAGACAGAAUUAAAUUAAUAAAUAGCCAUAUAUUGAAUAUUAAUGAAAAAGACGUAAGUGAAAUAUAUGAUUUCUCUUUUCUGAAAGAACAAGAAAAAGAAAUACAAGAUGAAUAUGAGAACAAAAGGAAACUAAAAAUAUUAAAGUUGAGAAAACCUGCUUAUUUGCAACAAAGAAAAAUAAAAAAGAGAGUAAAUAAUAGUCUAAUAACAGACAAUGAAUAUGAAGAUAACUUUUGUACAAAUAAAGAAAAAGAAUUAGAAGAUAUAGAAAGAUAUACUCUUGUUGAAGAUUUGUAUAAAUCAUAUAUAUAUAGCAAAUCAUUUACAUUAUUAAAUGAUCAAUAUAUGACAAAACAUAAAAUAACAAAUGAUUUUAUAUAUUUAAUGAUUAAUUCAAUAAGGCAAAAUAUUUUAGAAAAAAUAAAACCAACAUUAAUAAAUGAAUUUGCUGUUCAUAAAAACCCGUAUAUGCUAUUUAAAAAUUCUUUAUUUAAUUUUAUACUUCAUAAAUAUGUAAAAAAUCCAUAUGAGGAAACAUUAAUAGAAAAUUAUAUAAAUAAAAAAGUUAGUUUGAAUAUUUUAAAAAUAAAUAGUGCAAAUGUUCCUGUAGAAAUAUAUGAACCCUUAGUUUCAUUUCGAGGUGAUAUUCAUUAUAAUUAUAAUUUAAAAGAGAAAUUUAAUGAAAGUAUAAAUACAUCAUUAAACAUUUUAAGCUUUCUUAUAAAUGAGAAAAAACAACAAAAGGAUAAAAACUCAUCAGUUAAUCUAAAAAUGAAUGAAGAAAAUGAAAUUAAAAAAAAAAAAACAAUGAAAAUGAAAAAUGAUGAAAAAAAAACUAAUGCUGAAAUGUAUGAUGAAAUGAAUAAUGAAAAACGAGAUAUUAUAAAUGAGGUAUUAAAAAUUUUACCAGAAAAUAAAAAAUAUCACUUUGAUAAUUAUCCAUUUGAAAAUUUAAAAUCAUUUAAAACAAACAUGAGAAAAAAAUAUGUUGGAGGUAUAAAAAAUAACAAACCUUUAAAUAUUGAAGAUGAAGAAUUAAGUUAUAUGAGAUAUCCAAAUUUACAAUGUGUAUCACAUUCAUUACCAAAAGAUAUUAAAUAUAGGGAUAACGUUAUACAUGCAAUUAAAGUAUUAGAGAGAUCUAAAUAUUGGGAUCAUAAAAGUAAAAUAAAGGCAAUAAACACAUUAAUUGAAGUAUGGAAUAAUAUGAAUUCCAGUGAUCACUAUGAAAAUUUAUUUGAUAAGUCACUACCUAUUAUAUAUUCAAAAGAUAUGCUAAAAAAAACAAAAACUAGAAAAGAAACCUAUAAUAAAGGAUUAACCUAUAUACAAUCAUUAACUACACAAAAACCAUUAAACAUGCGAUUAAAAAAAAAUUAA